GAUCCUGCGAAAACAUUUUAAUACUGCUAGCCUGGCAGCUAACAGUAAAUUUAAGAUAUUUUAUUUUUUUUCUCGACGAGCAAUCGACAAUGAGAAAUUCAACUGUUCGAACGCCAGCGUAAACGGCACUUUUUCCAUCUGGGAAAAGUUGCAGACGUAUUUUCUUUCAAGAGAGACGACAGCAGAAUGACAGAUGAUGCCGUCCUACUGGAUGUACCUGUCAUUCAGCAGCUGUACCACUGGGACUGUGGUUUAGCCUGCUCCAGGAUGGUACUCAAGUACCUUCAUCCCAUUAGUGAUGAGCAGUUUCAGAGAGCAUGCUGGGACCUGAAAAUGACGGAGAGUGUGUGGACUAUUGACCUGGCCUACCUCAUGUGCCAUCUAGGAAUCAAGCAUUGCUUUUGCACACAGACACUAGGAGUUGAUAAGGGCUUUAGGAAUCAGUCCUUUUAUAAGAAGCAUUUUGAUACCGAAGAAGAUCGUGUGAACGAGCUUUUCCUUAAAGCAGAGAACAUAGGAGUGGUGGUGAAGAAAUGCUCUGUGACCAUUCAGGAAAUCCAGUCUCAUCUAGAAGAGAGCCAUGUUGCUAUCGUGCUCGUCAAUGCUGUCAUCUUGACGUGUGAACUUUGCUCUGCACCCGUCAAAUACUGCUGUUUCCUCCCUGUGGGCCAGAAGUGUUUCUGCAGAAAACCAGAGUAUCAGGGGCAUUUUGUAGUGCUGUGUGGCUUCAACAGGUCAACUGGCUGCAUCUUGUACAACAAUCCUGCGUAUUCUGACCGGGUCUGCUGCACCACCGUCAGUAACUUUGAGGAGGCUCGGCGGAGCUACGGGACGGAUGAGGACAUCCUCUUCAUAUUUAAAGGGAGCUGAUAGACAUUUUUGAAACAUUUGGAUUUCACUUCAUAUAAUGCACUCCUGUUGAUUAAAUAGUGGACUUCUUCAGUGGGUCCAUAACCCCUUCUACUCCACCACCCUCACUGGUGCUAUUGAGUCCAGCCACUCAAGUGAAAGAGGCUUCCCAUACCUAUGUUCCUCUUUUCCAACCAACACCACUCAGCCUAUUAAGGAAUUAACUCAAUAGGUGAUGCUAAAUUGUGUAUAAUUACGCUGUGUAUUUUUUAAAAAGAGGAGCAGAUCCAUAACUAUGAAUAUGCUAUUAGAAUUUUUGAAUGUUAGGCUUUUCAUGAACUUGAGAGGAGUGUUCAAAUACAAUAGAUGAAUUGUGGUAAAUUCUGACCUUGAUAGGAGUUUUCAGGAAGUGGUGUACAUGUUAUUCAGGUCUUAUGAUGUUUAUCCAUAUCUUUGUGUGUUUCAAGUCAGUUCUACUUGUUUAUUCAUGGCCUCCUAACUCAACUUUGGCUCACAUUUUGUUCAUGAUAAUUGAAACAGGGAAAUUAGUUGGGCUUUGAAAGUCUCAGGUAAUUAAAAUCUGCCUUACAAAGAUUUUUUUUUUUAAUGUUUUGAUGGGUGCUGUCAGAGAGGUAUUAGUUUAACAGUGUUUAUUGUUAAUUGUAGUUGCUGUUUUCAGUGGAGCAUAACUGCGCUGCAUCAUAAAAAAGGUGGUUCUAACAUUUUGCAAUAACGUAAACUCAACAUUAAUUUAUGAUAAUCACUGUAAAAUAAUUAUUUUACAGCGCUUGCAUAGGAUGCCGAUAGAUAGAUAGAUACAGUGCUGUGAAAAAGUAUUGGCGCCCUUAAAUUCUUAUAUUUUUGCAUAGUUUCCCCACUUUAAGAUCAUCAAACAAAUGUAAAUAUCGGACAAAUAUAGCCCAAGUGAACAUAAAAUGAUGUUUUUAAAUGGUGAUUUCAUUUAAGGGGAAACAAAUAUAUUCAAAGUUACCUGGCCCUGUGUGGAAAAGUAAUGGCCCCCUAAACCUAAUAACUGUUUGGGCAAUUCUCAGCAGCAACAACUGAAAUCAAGCAUUUUCUAUAACUGGCAAUGUGCCUUUUACAUCUCUGGAGAUAUUUUGGCCCACUCUUCCUUGCAGAAUUAUUUGAGUUCAGCAACAAUGGAGAGUUUUCGAGCAUGAACGGCCCUUUUAAGGUCAUGCAACUAGAUUCAAUUCUGAACAUUGACUAGGCCACUCCAAAACCUUCAUUUUGUUUUUUAAGCCAUACAGAAGUUGACUAGCUGGUGUAUUUUGGAUCAUUAUCCUGCUGUAGAUCCCAAGAGCACUUCAGCUUGAGGCCAUAAACUGAUGGCUGAACAUUGUCCUUCAGAAAUGUCUGUUUAAGAGCAGAAUUCAUGGUUCCAUCUAUCACAGCAAGUUGUCCAGGUCCUGAAGGAGUAAAGCAGCCCAAAAUGAUCACACUACUACCGCCAUGUCUGACUGUUGGUACGAUGUUCUAUUUCUGAAAAGAUGUGCUACAUUUACGCCAGACGUAACGAGACACACGCCUUCCAAAAAGCUCAACUUUCAUCUCUUCAGUCCAUAUAAUAUUGGCCCAAAGUCUUGGGAAUCAUUCAGACGUUUGCUUGUUUUGUUGUUGUUGUUGUUGUCGUCGUUUCAAAAGUAAGACAAGCCUUUAUGUUGUUUUUGGUCAACAGUGGUUUAUGCCUCGGAACUCUGCCAUGGCCAUUUUUGCCCAGUCUCUUUCUUAUUGUUGUGUCAUAAACAUUGACCUUAACGGAGGCAAGGGAGGCCUGCAGUUCUUUAGAGGUUGUCCUGAGUUCCUUUGUGGACUCUUGGAUGAGUCAUUGCUGUUCUCUUGGGGUAAUCUUAGUAGGCCGGUCACUCCUGGGAAGGUUCACCACUCUUCCAUGUUUUCUCCAUGUGAGGAUAAUGGCUCUCCCUAUGGUUUGCUGGAAUCGUAAAGCCUUAGAAAAUGGAUUUUGUAACCCUUUCCAGACUGAUAGUCAAUUACUUUAUUUCUCAACUGUUCUGGAAUUUUUCUGGAUCAUGUCAUUUUGUUGCAUCUUUUUUAGACCUUUUGUCAGACUUGAUUUUGUCUUGACAGAUUCUGUUGAUGAAUUAUUGAUUUUAACAGGUCUGGAGGUAAUCAGGCUUGUGUGGGAUCUAUUAAAAUGAACCGAAAAUGAUAUGAUUAGCCACAAUUAAUUCAUGAUUUAACAAAGGGGGUAAUAUUUCACACAGGGCCAGGUAGCUGAAUAUAUUUUCCUUAAUAAAUAAAAUCACCAUUUAAAGUACUGCAUUUUAAGUUCACUUGGGUUAUAUUUGUUGAUAUUUACAUCUGUUUGAUUAUCUUAAACAUUAAAUUAGGGGAAACUAUGCAAAAAAUAUACAAGAAUUUGAGAAGGGGGAUAAUACUUUUUCCACUGCUCUGUAGAUAGAUUAUUAAUCCUAUGAGGGAAUUAGUGGUGUACUUAAUGAGGUGUCCAGUGAGUGUAUAUUAUGAACCAAUCUCAGAUAAGACUAUUCAUACUGAAGGGAAAUCGGAUUCCAUAAAAUAUUCCAAAGCAGAAGCUGCCUAAAGAAGAGCGUGCUUAAAGAUCGUGAACUUUCCUGUCACUUUUUUGGGGUUGAGAAAAGCUUCUGUUUGUUGUCAUGGAAACAUGACAUCUGGAGCAUGUUUUGUUUGUGGGCUGAACAGGUGCUGUGUUCAUUGUUGAUGAGAGUGAACAAUUUGCCAUGCCAUCUUUACUGGUUUCAAAAGUUAAUGCACAAUACUUCUCACAAUUAUAGUUUGAAUUCAACAAUCAUACACUUCAGAUUCUUUUGAUCUUCAAGAGAACACAGAGGUCUGUUUGGAUUUUUUAAAUGCUGUAAUUAAAGCAUUUGAACCUUAAACCUCAUUCUUGUAAUUCUCAUCUGCAUGAAUACUGCAUAGCUCACAUUUGCAUUAUAAAAUGUAAUUUUAUUUUGUGAAGAGAAGAUGCAAAAACGGGCUUUUCCAGUUCAUCAAUUAAAUACUGACUGGCUGAA